AACCACAUGCAGUGCACAGAGCGUAAAAACGAAAUAGCACAACGUAUUUAUGACGUUCUGGCAGCAAAUCGCUAGAUGAACGUUGGUGAUAAAUCUACUGAUUUUCUCAUUCUGUAAUGAUAGUUGGUGUUUGAGGGGUCCAGAAAGUGCAAGCAAAAGGCGAUUGAAGAUUUGUCGGAUCACAAUGUCUUCAGCAGAGGUGCACCUACCUUUCAAGCCCCAAGGGCAUCACAAGAACCAACCGAGCAUCCAGUCGACGAACAACAACACGAAGGGCCAAAGCGACAAGCUGAGGAAGCGCAUAAAACACGAGAGGAACGGAAGGAGACGUUCCAAGAGCUUUUCCGGCCAUGGUAUCAACCCUAAGCCGGUCCUACCUUCGAAAUUCCUGUUGGGCGGGAACAUAAACGAUCCGUUGAAUUUGAACAGUUUGCAGGACGAGGAAAUCAACAGGGCCAUGAAUGCCGUGACUCCGAAGAGUUCCCCGAUACCGACUCCGCCAAGGAGAAAGGGGCAGGUUGAGGUGAUCAUACCUCCGAAUAUCCGAGAUCCGUUGAAUCUUAUCGAUUGUUCAGAUGAUGCGGAGUAUGAGUUGCAGCUAUGCUCUCCCGUGAAAAAGGGCCGGAAAAAACGCCUCAAAAAGAAGCGUACCAUUUCAACAACCACAGAAGUAUCGGACACCGAUAUCAGUCCAGAAGCAGACACCCCAGACUGCCAAACAGAAAGCGCAAAAAUACCCGAUGAAGUUAUGCCCGAGGCGGCGUCUGCAUCCACUUCUAAUGUUAAACAACCAAAACUGACGGCAGUGAAGGAUCUUACUCUGGAACUCUUGUCCCCGAAAAAAGAUAAACCACAAAAGAGAAAAUCCGAAGAGUAUAAAGAAGCGAAAAAAGUUAGAUAUUCUCUAGAUAAAAUAGUCAGUCCUGUGGUACCACAACCAGGCGCAUGGUUGAAAAGGUUGAAUUCCAUCACGAAAAAAAGCGAGCCCAAACAGAACAAAGGGGAAGUUGUACAAAUGCCUAAAUUUAAGGAAAACGAUAAGAAGUUUCAGUAUGGAAAUUAUAACAGGUAUUACGGCUAUAGAAACCAAAACAAUGAAAUCGAUCAUCGACUAAAAGUGUUCUCACACCAUCCGUUUUUGUUUCAAGAUAAAGACAUCUUGGAUAUCGGUUGUAACAUAGGACACGUAACACUUUCUGUAGCUAGGGAUUUCGGGGCGAGGACAGUUAUAGGAAUAGACAUCGAUGACAAAUUGAUAAGCAUCGCCAGGAAAAAUAUCAAACAUUAUGUUAAAAGCGUGAAUUCGCCGAGGGCUGAUGAGAUUCACACGCAAGGGAGAUGUCAGGAAAGAGAAAAAUGUAGUAGUGAGUUCUUUCCAAUAUCAAUGCCUAUCCUAUACGGACCAAUUGAUGUUCCAGGCUUCGAUGACUGCUCUAAGAACAGGGGGUUUCCCAAAAAUGUCACUUUCAAAAGGUGUAACUAUGUGCUUGACGAUGAUGCUCUUUUGGCCCUUGAACAGCCCCAAUACGACACAAUUCUCUGUUUGAGCGUGACGAAAUGGAUUCAUCUCAACUGGGGUGAUAAUGGCUUGAAGCAAGCGUUUAGAAGAAUGUACGCUCAAUUGAGACCUGGAGGAAGGCUGAUCCUGGAACCUCAGAACUGGGCCAGUUACAAAGGGAAGAAAAAACUAACUGAAACUAUAUACAGAAACUACAAUUCCAUUGAAUUCUUUCCAAAUAAGUUCACGGAGUACCUCCUAUCGCCUGCAGUGGGUUUUGCCAAAAGUGAGAUCUUGGGCUAUCCCCAGUGCCAUUCCAAAGGUUUCAGACGCCCCAUACAGCUUUUCACGAAAAGCACCAUGUUUCCCAGUGAGAGAAUCGAUUCGACGCCUUUUAACAUCACGCCAAAUAUGAAGAGUGAAUCCCAGAAUUCCGAUUCUGUAGACUACAUAUACAGCGGAAUACUGAACAGGUACUGCACCACGGCAGAAGAAAACACAGAAGCGAAUAUCCAAAUUGCUAAAACUUUGUCGCACAACACUGUCAAAAGUUCAGUUGAAGUGGCUAACUGUGAUUCUACAACAGACGUUUCAGAGAGCAAACCUUGCUCUGAACCAGUGAAAACUGAGGGGACUGUGAUGGAAGUUGAAGUGGAAAAGAAGAAUUGUGAUGUGGACGUUUGUAUAGUUGAAAGUUCAACAACUAAGUCAGAUGAGGUUGAAAACUGUUUAGAUUCGAAUGAGCGGAAGGAAAACUGUGAUGAAAUUUCUACAUCAGAAUGUAAACUUUCCAGUGAAAGGAAAGAGGAAAAAGAUAUGUAAAUAAAAGCCUUUUCGGGUUGAUUGUAUAUAGUGUUAAUAUUAUUAUUUAAUUAACUGCUUUUGUACAUAUCUAUUUUAUGUUGAAUCACACCCAAAUUAAAUUUGGAAUAUAGUUUUGUUUAAUAUUAAAUUUUGAAAUAUAGUUUACUAGUGCAAAAACUGUAAGUAGAAAUUUAAUUAUAUUCUCAGAAUUUUGGUCACA